AUGAGCAUCUGUUGGCUGUGUCCUUACAGGAAUACAGAGUGCGAGAUCACACACUCCAAAGCCAUCACCCUGCAGAUCAUCCGCUCCGUGCCAACAGCAUUCUGUUUACGGAUAUGUAAAUGUGAAUUUGUGACGCGUUUACUUCCAGGCAUCAACAUCUUCCUGGACGGCUACGUUCCCACGGAGAAUCUUCGGUUUAGAGAAACUUCGCUCGUCUUCAAAGUCGCCGAAACGGCCAACGAGGAGGAAGUGAAGAGACUCCGACAUUACCAGUACCCGUCGAUGGUGAAGACGAUGGGAGACUUCACUCUGGAGAUCAGAGCUGGAGAGUUCACCGACUCUGAGAUCAUGGUGAUGCUCGGGGAGAACGGCACGGGGAAGACCACCUUCAUCAGGAUGCUAGCUGGAGGACUCAAACCUGACGGAGGAGUGAGCAGGUCUAAGCUGGUUCUUCCUCACCUGCUGAAGAGUCGUUCUCCUCACAUCCUGAAUCUGUCUCCGCCUCUCAACCUGAACCCCAUCUGGUUCAAGAACCACACAGCCUACACCAUGGCUAAGUACGGCAUGUCCAUGUGUGUCUUGGGGAUGGCCGAGGAGUUCAGAGGUCAGGUGGCCGUCAACGCUCUGUGGCCCAAAACUGCGAUCCAGACGGCAGCAAUGGAGAUGUUGGGGGGGGAGGGCGUCUCUAAGCAGUGCCGCACGGUGGACAUCAUGGCCGACGCUGCGUACGCUGUCCUCUCUCGAGGGACCGACUUCACGGGGAACUUCCUGGUGGACGAAGACGUCCUGAGACAGCAGGGGGUCCAAGACUUUGAGCAGUACGCUGUGCAGCCAGGUCACCCCCUGCUGCCAGACUUCUUCCUGGACGACGCCCCUGAGACGCUGGUGGAGAAGAUGGAGCAACACGGGGCGACCCCAGCCUUCAGACCCCCAACAUCAUCGGCCACGCCCCUCUCUGGAGGACCAAUAGAAAACACCUUCGACGCCAUCAAGGCGGUGAUCAACGAAGAUGUUAUCAAGACGACGCAGGGCAUCUACCAGUUCGACCUCUCAGGUAACCGUCAUGUAUUCAUGUUCUUGGGAGUCGGGAGGGCUUUUAAUUUAUUCCGGCAAAUUACUCAGACCCACUAAUUGACCUAACAGAAG